GGGGCGGGCUGAGGAAAAGCGAUCAGUCGCUACAGUCCUGUUGUGCACACAACAUUUCUCCUCAGGAUACUUAACUGUUUGUGUGUGAUUAAAAAAAGGAUAUCCCCAACUUUACAAAUCCCACAAAAAGGAACAGACACAAGCAAAAAAAUGGAAGAUUUCUAUUAUCACGACGAGGACUUAAAUGACACUUAUGAUUACAAUUAUGAACACAGCGUUUGUGACAAGGAGGCAGUACGCUCUUUUGCCAGUGUCUUCCUCCCAGUCAUCUAUGCCCUGGCUCUGGUGGUGGGCCUGGCUGGGAACGCCCUGGUAGUGGUAGUGUACGCAUCAAAGCUCCGACUACGAACCCUGACAGAUGUGUGCAUCCUGAACCUCGCCAUUUCGGACCUGCUGCUUCUCUUCACCCUGCCUUUCUGGGCGGCUGAUGCCGUCCAUGGCUGGAAGCUGGGUUCGGCAGCCUGCAAGCUCACCUCCUUCCUCUACAGUACCAACUUCAGCUGUGGAAUGCUGCUGCUGGCGUGUAUCAGUGUGGAUCGCUACCGCGCUGUAGCCCACAAUCCAUCAGGCAGGACUGGGACAGGUCCCCGGGUAAGGAAACAGUGGCUUCUGGUGUGUGUGGUGUUGUGGGCUGUAGCCAGCUUUCUUGGCCUUCCUGAACUUAUCUUCUCCACAGUGAAGCACUCCCAUCACAGGAUGACCUGUACAAACAUCUACCCGCACAGCAUGGCUCGACCUGCCAAGGCUGCCCUGGAGCUGCUGGAGGUGACCCUUAGAUUCUUGCUACCUUUCUUGGUCAUGGUGAUGUGCUACAGCUGGGUAGGACGGGCACUGAGCCGUGCAGCUGGGGUGCAGAGAGACCGGAAGUGGCGUGCCCUGCGUGUCCUACUGGCUGUUGUGGCUGUAUUCCUGCUCACUCAGCUGCCCUACAACGUGGUCAAGCUGAUUCGAGCAAUGGACAUCAUCUACAACCUCGUGACUGACUGUGAAGUCAGCAAGGGCCUGGAUAAGGCUGUCCAAGUGACAGAGGGCCUGGCCCUGGCCCACACCUGCAUUAACCCUGUCCUCUAUGCCUUCAUCGGUUCGUCCUUCAGGGGACACGUCCUCAAGGCUGCCAAGCACCUUGGACAACGACUUGGGAGACACCCGAGACACGUAAACACGGAGCCUGCAGUGGAGAUUGCACUCAACACGUGCACUCAAACGCAAUCCCAGUCUGGUUCAGAAGACCAAGAAACCACCACCUUUACUAUUUAAGACUUAAAACAUGUAUGUAUUUACCUGUAAGCACCUAUACAAAAUGUCUAUGUAUAUAUUUACACAUUGUUACUAUCAUUAAAGAUAGACAUCAAUAAGCAUAUAUAUUAAUUCUUACAAUAUAUAUGUACAGUGAGUUUAUAUGCACUAAUGUAGCAAAUAGUUUUAUAUACAGGAUGUAUUUUGUUAAAUAGAAGAGAUUUUCAGUGACACGCAUCUACUAACAUGUGGCAAUUAAAUACAGCUGAAACUCAA